UCGGAAAAGGAGUCUCUCUCUCUCUCUCUUCGAUCACUCUAUAUAAAACCCGCCAUUAACUCUCCUCGCAAACCCCAUGCACGCAUACCCACCGUCGUCGUCUUCCUCUUCUGCUUCUUCUUCUGUCUCUCUCUUUCUUGAUCGUUCGUAGCAGCAACACCCAUCAACAACUCUCUCUCUCUCUCUCUCUCUCUCUCUCUUCUUGGCAAUUUGGCUUUGUGUCUUGGGUGCGCGAGAGCGUUUUAACGAGGACCCGAGAAGGAGCGAAGAUCUGGUGAUAAGGAAAAGGAGAGCGAGUCCGGAUCGAGAUGUGCUUGGUUCGCGAAGGAGGAGGAGGAGGAGGAGGAGGAGGAGAGGGUGUAAUGGGGCUGAGCCUGAGCCCGCCGACCAAUUUCGCCAUGGUGGAGGAAGGCAUCUACCGAUCUGGCUUCCCUGGUUCCCUCAACUUCCCCUUCCUUCGAUCCCUCCAGCUUCGCUCCAUCGUAUACCUGUGCACUGAGCCCUAUCCGGAGGAGAAUCUCAGCUUCUUGCGCUCCCAAAACAUUCGUCUCUUCCAAUUUGGGAUCGAAGGGAAGACGGAGCCUUUUGUACCCAUUCCUCAGGAAACCAUCAUGGAAGCUCUUAAAGUUCUGAUUGAUGUGAGGAAUCACCCAGUUUUGAUCCACUGCAAGCGUGGAAAGCAUCGGACAGGUUCUCUGGUGGGUUGCCUCAGGAAAUUGCAGAGUUGGUGCUUGUCCUCCGUGUUCGAGGAGUACCAGCACUUUGCCGGCGCGAAAUCCAGGAUCACGGACAUGAGGUUCAUCGAGACGUUUGACGUGACUCAGCUGAGGCAGUGCCUGUACAGCAUAAUCUACCGUUACCAAGGUUAUAGUUCCAACAAGAGGCGGUUGAUGUACGGAGAAGAGAGCGUACAGAAGACUCGAAUAGCUUCGAGUUAGGGAGGGUCUGUAUGCCCAGGCACGGCACAAAGGAAGGCAGAUACCUUUGUCUCUAGGCAGGGCACAACGUUGCAAGGAGUCGUAAAUUGUAUUCGAUUUCCCCCUUUGAAAAUACUUCAGCACAGGCGCUUUUGGAGGUUCACGGCCUUUGCUUUCUUGUUUGGGAGAAUUGAUUUGUUCUUUCCUAGAAUCUAAAGGGAAUUCCAUUGGAUUGACGAAA